GAGAGAGAGAGAGAGAGAGGUGAGCACAAGAGAGAUGCUCCGCUCAAAGCAUCGCGCCGAAGAGAGAUCGUUCAGUCAGCGGGUCUGCUGUGGGAGAGAGAGGGCGGUCAGCGGGCUGAAAGAGGGCGGACUGGACCUGUGGUUCUCUAAGAUUUGGCACCAGAUGAAUGAACAAGGCAUUUCAAGGUGCUCAAAGCUGAUGUGAUGUCAUCAAGUGCAUUGCCCUGUUAAGCAACAAACAAAUACAGCUCAGUCCUUUGGCGGUAUCUUGGAGUAGAAAUGGAAAGAAUGUGAGAUUAAGUUGUGAUUCUGCACUCUAUCCAAACUGUAAACUUUGAAAGCCUAGGUACAGGCAAGUGAGAGAACAAGACCUUUGAUGGAUCCAGGAUUAUCGUGGAGCUUUUGAGAGAGAAGCUCAGACUUAUACAACAUGAAUGUGCAAGGAAAUAUACAAGCCAGUGAAGUCAACCAACAAGAAGAAAUACAAAACGACGACAAGCAGCCUUUGCUAGAAACAGUGGAAGACGCCAAUGCCAAUCAAAUCACCAAAGAGCAAAUUUAUUCAGAUGACAGAGAGCAUAGCAGCCAACUACCCUCUCUGGUGUCACACUCCGAAGCCCAGGAGAGGAUCAUUAUCUGGGGAACACAUGCUCAGAGUGAAGACCCUGUGCUUGAAGAGUUUGAACUGCUGGAGUGUCAAGAGCUAGAAACAUUUGUUGUAGAAGAAGAACAGGUAGACAUGCAGAGUGAAAGAAGCAGGAAGGGAGCAAAGAACUUCAGUGACAAAGAGUUUUCAUCUACAGCCAUCAGCACCACCGUUGGCUCCCCUUGGAAAGACCACAAUGAAAACCAUAGUGUGGACGGAGAUGCAAAUGAGAACUCUCAACCCCUUGACCUCAGGACCUCCAGCUCUCGCUCUGGUGCAAACCGGACCCUGAGAGAUGCACGAAGUGGUUCUGAGAGCAAUGUCUUUUCAUCUUCUCUUUCUGCAGUGACCAGCCUCAGUGGAAGUUUAGCCAGUGCCCUGGACAGUGCAGGCCGCACACAGCCUCUCUCUUCCCAGUCCACCAAGUCUACCUCAGGCAAAGGCAGGAACCAGCAUCCAGCUACUACCGAGUCUUACAUCCACUCAGAGAGAAACAGGGAGCUUCCCAGGGAUAUGGACCAAAACCAUAACUCUACCACACUGCCUCAGGAACCACAAUAUGACCGAAGUAAGCUAAUACAUCCUUCAAAUGGAGCAGUAAAACUGCAAAAAUUCCAAAUGGAAGCAGAGCAGAACGCUGGGAAAAGGAUGUCAACCGAGGUGCCAAAAGGUAUGGUGAGGGUACUACCUUCUUGUAGGCAGCUAGUCCGCCCUCUUUCUACUGAAAAACGACUAACCUCAGGAUACCCCAGCAUAGACACCCAGGCAGACCAGCAACAAUACCACUCCUCAGAGACAGGUCAGAGCCAUCCACAAGUGCUUCCGACUACAGAAGUCAAAAGCAAUCCCAACACAGACUCACAGACACCUCCCAACCAGACCUUUACCCGAGAAGCCCAAAACUUGAAGAGGCAAAGCUCAGCAGAUCGUGCUGCAAGUCCCUCCAGCCUAGAAAGGAAGACUCACUUCAGCCGGCGGGCCUACAGCAGUCCGACUAGACCUUCGACACCUCCAUCCCCCAAGACAACAAGUUCCCCCCAAAGACAGCUUCCUUCCUCACCCAUCAAGACUUUACCUUCUCGAGCUCCUCAGCUGGGUUAUGCUGGGUAUAGCUCGGGCUUAAGAGCCCCAGUUAAAACCACUAUCAACACAAGCAUCCAUAAAACCCCUCCACAGCAGGCUUUAAUGGAGACCUCCCCUCCAAGCAAGUGCCUGCCAAUAACGAAAAGCGUCCGGCCCAAAAUCAUUACAUACAUUCGGAAGACCCCACAGGUGAAACCCCAGUCUCUUGAGGGAACUUAUGAGGUAUCAUCCUUACCUACGAGACUCUCAACAUAUAGCAGCACACAGGCCAAACCAGUGGUCGGAGAUCAAGGGGAAGCCUCUGUGCUGAGUGCCUCAAAUUUACUCUAUGAUAAGUAUCGACAAGAGAUGCAGAAGGUCCGGUUCUUCUCGCCUGGACUCAUGGUGUCUGGGAUUAAACCACCCAGCAACACCAUGCCCCAUAAAAUGGCAGGCAGAGCGGACAGCUUCUAUGGGUCCCUCAACAAGCCUCUGUCUGCAUCGACAGGCAGAUCUCCAUUAGCCCCUGGGUCUACAGUUUCUGGAGCCGAGGACCUUUCUGGACCCCUUAUUGGAGCACAGGAUACAGGGAGUCUUUUUCGUCUGCAACGGGGCCAAAGACCUCAGCUUGGCGUUGGUGCUGUAAACAGGACUCCCUCUGCAGCUGCCAAGAACAGGAUGGUCCUAACAGGCCAGUCGAAAUCACCACUGACGCUCAGUCAACCAAUGCAGACAGUAAACCCAACCACUCAAACCCCUCAGGAACCACAAGAUCAAAGAAAGCCAGUGGUGACUGGGUUAGCUGCUAAAUCCCUCCUGCCAAAGCCAGCUCAGUCUGGCCUGCGUCCUCCCGGUUACUCGCGCCUCCCGCCGGCUCGUCUGGCCGCCUUUGGGUUUGUUCGAAGCUCUAGCGUCUCCUCUGUGUCCAGUAACCACUCGACCGACAGCACACGGAGUGACCCCGGCCGCCCCUCCUACCGUCCCAACAGUGUAAAUGAUGAGCCGCCACCGCUUCACAGUGUCACCACGUCGCCUCCUGGAGAUGGAUCCAGAGCACUGUGUCACAGCACCCCUCAACCCCCCAACACUCCUGCACCCACACGCCGCUCCCUGCUGCCCCCUCCUCGAAGCUCCCCUGUGGCAUCCCGUAAGGAAUUCCAGAAGAGCUCUGAUGGCACCCGUUCAUCUCCCUCCUCCCCUAAAAGACUCGCUGUAGUGUCUCCUAAACCGCAGUCUCCAGUCCUUCAGAGGCAACAGAGGGCAACAGUGGUGGUCCGAGGCUCAAGCAUGCAAAUUUUGCCUCGUACUGGCUCUCCAGACCCAGAGAAGAAAAAAGAAGAAGAGCAGAAGAAAGAAAAAGAGCUAGAGAAAGUAGAAAGGCAUGAAGAGUUGCAGCUCUUGCAGGGUCGCUGUGAAGAAAAGGCCAGGCAACUACAGGCUCUUCAGACAGAACUAAAGAAAACCAGCAUGAGUCUAGAGGUCUUUGUGAUCUGCACUCAGCACUUCUCCCUCAAGAAUGAAAGUGCUGAGGAGAAGGAGAGAGAGUUGACCCAGGAACUCAGUCGGAUUCAGCAUGAAGUGGCCUUUAACGCAGCUCGCUGGGAGCAUCUUCAGAAGGAGAAGAGCGAGCUGGAGGAGUGUUUUGAGAGGGAGCUGAGAGAGUUACAGGUGCAGCAGGAGUCUGAACUCGCUACCUUAGAGGAGAACCUGAGAUUACGACACGCUUCAGACAGAGACCAUCUCAGAGCAGAGCACCAGUCAGAGGUGGAGGAGCUGCACACACAGCACCAGGAACAGAUCGAAGAGUUGACUGCCAACCACGAGGCCGCCCUUGAAGACCUGAAGACCAUGCACAACAUCACUAUGGCAACACUGCAGGAGGAGCAUGCCAGGACCAUGAGAGACUUAAGGAAAGCCCAUGAGCAGCAAAAGGCCAGUCUAGAAGAGGACUUUGAGAAACUGCGCCUCUCACUUCAGGACCAGGUGGACACUCUGACUUUCCAGAACCGGACUCUGAAAGACAAAGCAAAGCGUUUUGAAGAGGCCCUGAGGAAGAGCACUGACGAACAGAUUGUGGAUGCACUGGCCCCGUAUCAGCAUAUUGAGGAGGACCUGAAGAGUCUGAAGGAGGUUCUGGAGAUGGAGAACCAGCAAAUUCAUGACCAGGAGAAGAAGAUCUGUCAUCUGGAGAAAGUGCAGGCCCAAAAGAACCUGUAUCUGGAGGAGCGGGUCCAGGUGCUUCAGCAGCAGAAUGAAGACCUGAUGGCCCGCAUUGACCGCCAUCUUGUCGUGUCGAGACAAUUGUCUGAGGAGAACGCAAACCUUCAGGAGUAUGUGGAAAAAGAGACCAACGAGAAGAAACGGCUGAGCCGCAACAAUGAAGAGCUGCUCUGGCUUCUCCAGACGAGUCCCCAUCUGUCGCCUUCCUCUUCUCCCAUCCACAGAGCCUUCAUCCCCGGCCCUGAUAUCCCUCCUUAUCCUUACUCUCCAGGUCCAGGGACCCCUACACACUCCUGUUCUCCUGGCCCCUGUACGCCCACUCACAAGGUGGCGUCUCCGGCACCAGGGACACCCACUCUCAGAGGCUCACCAGCAGCACGCUCGUCCCCUGCACGGAUCCCAAAUGCAAACAAUUUACCCAGAUGAGCGGUUUUACUGAGUCUCAGCUGCAUCAGCCGCAUUGCCCAUUUUCUGUUACUGUCCAUUGUGACAGCAGCGAUUCAUUAUGGUGUGCAGACCGCCCGUGUUUUUCUUUGAAAAACAUGUCAAGAUCUAUUUAUGAAGAUUUUGUCAAUCCCAACUGCCAGAGCCUCUGUCACUUCCGUUUGUUGACUUUGAGAUGCAAAAAAGUUUUUCGUCUCAGAUGAUCGGACUUCGUAAACGCGUAGCAUCAGAAUGAAAAAGCUAAUGAUGCUAAUGCUAAUGCUAAUGAUGUGCUGCCAACAAUGCUUUGGUGUGCAUGGAGGCAGGACCAUUUUUGUGUACACAGAAGUAACUCGUCUUUAGAUUUGACUCUAAAACAAGCUGUUGGAUUCCAACACUAAUGUCUGUAGUUUCUUCUGAAUGACAUAAGAGAACUUUAUACAACAAAAAGCACUUUAGGUUUCUGCCCUACCUUCUUCCUACAGAUAAAUGCACCAGCAUUUUUUUUGGUCUGGUUUAUUUUUUUAUGUGAUAUGUUCUGAUUUUACAAUUCUCCCAAGUUUUGAUUCAGAAUGUUUCAAAUUAGUCAAGACAUAUAUACAGGAGCACUACGAUAUCUAUAGGAUAUCUAUCUAGCUAUCUUAUCCCCAUGGGCAAUUUUUUAGAAGCAUAACUUAUAAAAUAUAUAUAUACACCCACUACCGUUCAAAAGUUUGGAGUAAUUUUUUAAAAAACAUUUUAAAGAUUUUUUUUAAUGUUUUUUUAUGCAGACCAAGGCUGCAUACAGUAUGUUUUAUAAAAAUAAACAAUGAAACAGUACUAUUAUGAUAUAUCUUUACAGUUUAAGAGAACUGUUUUCUAUUUUAAUAUAUUUUAAAAUGUAACUUAUUGCCAUGAUGGUAAAGCUGAAUUUUCAGCAUCAUUACUUCAGUCUUCAGUGUCACGAUCCUUCAGAAAUCAUUCUGAUAUGCUGAUUUAGUGCUCAAAAUCAUUUAUUUUUUAUUUUAUUUUAUUUUAUUCUAUUUCCGUUUUUUUUUUUUUUUUUUUCAUUUAUUUAAAACAAAUCUAAUAUAUUCUAUUAUGGAUGUCUUUACAGUCACCAAUUUAAUGCAUCAUUGUUGAAUAAAACAGUUAUUUUCUUAAAAAAAUAAUAAUAAUAAUCUACCCAAGCUUUUGAAUACCACAAUCAUAAUAAAAAAAAUAUUUUAAAAUGUUUAGAUAAUUUUAUCUAAACAAAAUACUGAUUGAGAAAAUGACUUUUUGCAGUAUAAAGGCCUCUUCACAUUGUCUUAACAAACUGCAAUGCCUUCCACUGGUGCAUGAGCAGUUACAGUAUGUUUCCUGGACCCUCCAAAAGACUAAUCCAGCUAAUAUCAAAACCAGCUUUUUCAAACAAGUGUUUCUUCAUACACAGAGCAGUUUUCUUGCUGACAUUACAUGACAUGACACCUUCGCUGGCACAGAUUGAUUGUGCCAGAUUUUACCGGUUGCUUGGUUAACAAGUCUUCAGCAUCAAGUCUGUUCUUCCUGUUCUUCCUAACUUAUCUGACAAAAGCAAGUGCUCUAACUUCAUGCAUGACAUAAAACAGGGAAAUCAAGCAAAUGUAUAGGUACCGACUACAAGAAAUGUUGUUGUAAAUUGUAGUUGUAAUUUUUAUUAGUUCUUUGUAAUUUAAUGGACAUUUUGCUACUUGUGCAUGUGAUGUAAGUCUUCCAUUCUUAAUGUGAAUCUUAGGAUAGUUGUCAUGUUGGCCUCGAUACUCAGACUCCUGGGGAUGAUAGCUUCCACCUCUAAUGAGUUUUUUUUUUUUUUUUUUUUUUUUUUAAAUGUUUGAGGACAAUAUUUUACCCAAAACUAAUAGGACAGGACUUUCUUAAUGAACUCCACCUCAUGUCACACCUGUCAGAAGUGUGUUUUAGGUAUGUUACAGAUGUGUAAAGGUUUUACGGCGGUACAAUAUGGCAGUUAAAUGUAUGUUUGGAUUUAAUCUUUAAUGUAAUUCUGGUUAACUCUUGUAUUACCUCUGUAGAGUAGCAUAACCUAGAGAGAGAUUUCUCUGUAUGAGUGAACUAGAAAAGAAUGUAACUGUCUUUAAUUGUUGUAUGGUAAAGUUCAGGAAAAAUAUUUAGCUCUGUCUAAAAGGGAGUUCUCAGUUUUCAGUAUAACAUGAUUUAUUUAUUUAUUUUUUAAGAAAAAUAAUAACACAUUCCUCUAGUAAAGUGGGUUUUGAUAUUUCAAAACAAAGAGGCCAAUUAUUUAAUUAUUUAAAAAUUGGAUUUGAUUUAUUUAAUUAUUUAUUUUUUGUGUGUGUGUUUUUACAAUUGAUACAUCUUUCAAUCGGCAACCUUUGACACUUUUGAUACGAAUGAGAAUUUUUGUAAACUCUUCACUGAUAAUAUUUUUUUCUAAAUUAUUAUCAGUUGGUGCUUGUACAGGGUAUCAUACACAGAAGUACAAUAAUCUGCUAUACAAGACCAGCAAUCUACAAAAAAUACACACACACACACACACACACACACACACACACACACAGCAAUUAUGUAUUUGCAGAUGUUUUUAUUCAUUUGAGUCAUUGAGAAUUUUUUUUUAAUUACUGUGAAAUGUAAGUUUUAUUCUAAUACAAAUGCAUUUUUAAAUUAUGUAGCUUUACAUUCUGAAUUAAUUUCAUUUGUUUCCAUCACUGUGAUACAAAUGAUUUGUCGUUGUUUAUUUUUUGCUACUCUGGCACAGAUGCUUAGGAGUUUUCAGGAUGUUUCCUGUCAAGCACAAUACCACCCCAUUUAAAAAAUAAAUAAAUAAAUAAAUAAAAAAAAGUUUAAUAUUUUAAAAGCACCUUUUUUAAAAAAAAAAACAUUUCUAAUAAACAUUAACUUAAACCAUAUAUACAUAUGUUAUAAACAGUAACUUGUCUAAAAUUCUGAAUAAUUUUGAUUCACUUACAACAAUUACAUAAAUGUUUCAGGAAUGUGCCUUCAUUUAUUGUGCAAAGUAGCAAAAAUGAAAAGGUUAUUACAUUAUAGCCACCUAACAAACAGCUAAUAUGCUUCUAAUAUCUGGUUUGAUGGAUCUUUUUUUAUAUUUGUUUGCUUAUUUUAUUUAUUAGUUUUAUUUAGUUUUUUUUUUUUUUCAGCAAUUUUUCAGAAGAUUUUACUAGUACUAGUUUACUAUUUUACAUUUUAUUUUUGUUUUACUUUUUUCAUAUUGUAUAUUUAUUUUCUAAAUUAAUAUCUCAACAAAAAACCUCAGCAACCUCAAUCUGCACCUGCUGUGAUUUAUAACAAAGUGCAAAAUUGUUACUAAUCUUUAGUAUCUAAUUUACUAAAAGGAGAAACCGUGUGUUUAAUUGUAUACUUAAAAUUCCUGUAAGAGCUCAUUGGUUUUUUUUUUCUCUAUGCCCCUCAAGAUGACCUUCACUAUGGCAUUAUGAUAUGAAACAACAGAAUCACGUUCUGAGAAGCACUGACUCUUUGUCCUGUGGACAUCUAAACUACUGAAUGUCAAUUUGCCCCUCAAAAUACUGACAUGGUCAAUGUAAACUGGGAGUAGUGGAGUCACUUAUUUUACUGAAUGAAAUUUGUCCAUCUGUCUAUUUACUAGCGUUUGACUUCUAUUAUGUCUUUUUUGACUGGAUUUACAGUCGCUUGUAAGCUAUUUAUUGUGUUGUAGUGCACAGUAAUCAAUGCAUGUUUGUCUUGGCAGCUCAUUCCUUCCCUGUGUAUGUUUUCAACUUGUGAUGGUUCACACUGUAACUGUAGCGUAGACAAUAUAAUACUAAGGAAUGGAAAGAAUUUAUAUAUAACUCAUUUGUAUUCACUAGGGGGGUGGGGAUGAAUAUUAAAGUAUUUAAGAAAU